CCUGCGGAACAAAGCACUUGUUUCAGAAGCUGUGUGACUGUGAAGGAAACCGUUGUCUGUCUCCGCCUGGGACAGCAGCUUCAAGCGGAGUGGCGACUUUUACAUUUAGUCUCAGAAUAAGAAGUUUACUUCAAUAUUAAUGUAAACAUUCGGUUGAUUUUUUGACGGACAUAUUUUUCUCUCGACUGUUCCAAACUUUGAGAGCAAGGAGAGUUUUGACAGGAAACAGACUCCUCCAGCGAUCCUCAGUUCGGGACAUCUUUGAGCGAUGUUUGACAAGCAGCACUACGAGAGUCCACCUGUCUACAGUCCUCCCUUCAGCUCGCCAUCCAACAAUGGCUUUGGCCCUCCAGGCAGCUUCAAUGCCCCUCAGAGCGAUUACAAUGCAUACCCACCUCCCCCGGGAUCGUACUACAUUGAGGACAAACCGCAGCACUUCUACAAAUGGCUGUCACCUCCGGGGAUCAUCAAGGCCAUGAUGGCUACGGUGAUCGUGUUGUGUGUGGCGAUAUUUGCCUGCGUGGCAUCCACUCUCAUGUGGGACAUGCAGUAUGGAAUGGGCAUGGGAAUGGGCUAUGGCGGUGGCGGUGGAUACGGUGGCGGCAGCUACGGCUCAGGAUACGGUGGUUAUGGAGGAGGCUACGGAGGAGGAGGCUAUGGAGGAGGAGGCUAUGGAGGAGGAGGCUACGGCAACAGCUAUGGCUCCUACGUCUCACCGUACUCAGCCAAAUCCGCCAUGAUUGCCAUGGCAGCCAUCAACUUCAUAGGGGCACUGGCCUUCUUCAUUACCAGCUUCUCUAAAUCCAACAUGGUCCGCUGUAGGAAGUUCUUUCUGGCCCUCAUGAUAGCCAGCAUCAUUAUGGCUAUCUUGCAGGGCAUCAUCAGCAUCGUCUACAUCGUUGGGGUGAACCCCAUGGCCCAGGGCUCCUCCAGUAUGAGCUACAAUCCCAUGUUAAUAAUGUGCCAGAACCUCUACCAGACCAGCUACUCACAGAUGGGAGGAGUGGGAGGCUUCCCCAUUUACAACCAGUACCUCUACCAUUACUGCUUUGUUGACCCACAGGAGGGAGUUGCCAUGGUGUGUGGAUUCCUGGUUGUCUUUGCCUUCGGUGUUGCGGCUUUCUUUGCUCACAGAACAAGAGGGAAGAUCUGGCGCUACGGGAAACCAAAUAUCUACUGGGAAGAGCCUCUUGUUGGCGGGAAGGCCUCAGAGGGCAGAGACGUAGAGGAAUGGGUGAACAAUGUGGAGGAAAGCCGCAGUGUUCAAGACGCCCCCACCCUGCUGGUGUCCGAGAAGGGAGCCGGGCUGCUCAACGCCUCAGUGAACAGUGUCAUCUCCUACCCCCCACCCAAGGUGGACAGCAGCUCCUACAAUGAGGACACCAACGACAACAAAGAGUACUCGGAGAGGACCACCAGCAGACCAUCAGAAGCCUUCUCCCAUGGCGGAAGAACCAGCUCCAGCCCGUCAGAGGAGACUGGCGGCGGUCGCAAACCCUCUGCCAACAGGGGCAAGAGACGCAGACGUAACCCUGAACUGGACGAGUCUCAGUAUGAGACGGAGUACACCACAGGAGGAGAAACGGGCAAUGAACUUGACGAAGAAGAGUGGGAGAAUACGUACCCAGAUAUAACAUCUGAUGCUCAGCGUCAAGACUAUAAGAGAGAGUUUGAUGUCGACCUUAGGGAAUACAAGCGCCUGUGUACUGAGAUGGACGACAUUAAUGACCAGUUGAACAAACUCAGUCGGCAGCUGGACAUCCUGGAUGACACCACUGCCAAAUACCAGGCUGUAGCAGAGGAAUAUAAUCAGCUGAAGGAUCUGAAGCAGACAUCCGACUACAGGUCUAAGAAGAAAGAGUGUCGCAUGCUGAGACACAAGCUGUUCCACCUCAAACGCAUAGUGAAGGACUACGACAAGAACCACUGAUGAACCCACUGAGUCCUGACACUCAGCUCUGUGGUCCUCACAGCAAACAGUCACAGACACACAGGCCAAGAUACACUCCAAAAUACUACAAAGACUGUGACAUGCCAAGACCAAAGUUACCUGUACAGGGUCAACACACUCUGGAUAACACCCCACAAACACACACACACACACACACACACACACACACACACACACACACGCACACGCAUAGGGAACAUCAGUUAUGAAUAAAUAACUACUUUUUUUUAGAAGAAAAUGGAAGCAGGGCACUCGGCUGUAGCCACUUCCACAGCAAACACUGCCUUUUCAGCAUCAUUGUUCACAGUGUUCAGUCACUUGUGCGGAUCAGAGGGUGUGGUUUUGAGAAAUGUCAUUAAAAAUGUACCUGACCUGCAGUCACCUGUGAUAAGACUGUGCUAAGUUUCUGUGGCUCUGUUUGCUCUCCAACUUGUCUUUGUUUUAUCUCCACAGAUAAGAGGUGGAGCAGUAUUGUAGAGAACGUAGUAAUGGGUGAGACGGGUUGCUAGGAUUGUUUUGCGAGCAAAUCUUUGUCACAUAUGAACUUUAGUUGUGCUUUUUCUCAUCUUCUGCGUUAGUGUUCGUAACUAAUUUUAACGUCAGUGAAGUUGAAACUGCUCUCUGCCGGGACCACGUGUUUUUACUGGCUUUUUUUUAAACCAAUAUUUUUACAUUGAUUGUCAUUGAUGCAGUGAGACCAAAAAGGGGACAGAGUCGCCAUUGAGAUAUGCGAGACAUCGUUGUUUUAUGUAUGCUUUUAAUGAAUAUUGUUCAUACUACCUACCAAGAAGAAAUUUACAGUAUAUGUUUGUUAGAUUCAGCAGAUAUCUUAGUUCUGUCUUUUGAACCUACUAAAGACUCAAUGUGGUUGAUUUUUGAUCAUUCAAAAUGUGCUUAAGCUAUGCAAAUGAUUAAAACUAAAUCCUGACUACUUUAUCUUAUAUUUUUUAUUAUGCAAGCUCCUCAACACACUGGAAAACACUGUUUCUUUCACUGUCUAUAAGCUACGCUCAUCUUUUCAUUUGAUUCUUUGCCAAUGAAAAACGAUCAUCUGCUAAUUCCAUGUGUGGUCAUUUUUGUAUUAAUCCCUUUCUUGUGCAAAGUGUUAGGAUCUAGUGGAUGUUAUAAUGUGUUAAUUAUUCAGACACACUUUUGAUUUCUCGUGCAUUUGUAUUUUUACAAAGAACAAUGUUGUCAUUUUACAAACCAUUUGCGAGCCAUUUAUUUUUGUACGAAUUUAUUUCCUUAGAUGCUAUUAUAAGACCAUUUUUUGUAACUGUAUACUUCCAGAAGGUAUGAUAUCUAAAAAGUACUGAGUUCAAUAAUAAUAAAACAUUCUAAUUCUCUUAUAAUUA